AUGCACAACGAUCAUAACGAUAAUUUAGGAAACAGUACAGUAGUUGAUAAUACUAUAUGUGUAGAUAACACUAGUGCUAUUUACCCACAAGUGAUCGAUGAUCUUAUGAACAAUGAAUCUAAUAUUAAAAAUAAGAAAAGAAAACAUAUCGGUCAACAAAAUCCAACAAAAAAGUUAAAUAUUGAUACUGAUAUGACAUUCUCAUUUGCACCAGCAUGGCGUUUACGGUCAAAAACGCGCUCGAAUCAUCAUGAUGAACAUAGUAUUACGUCUAUUAGGAACACAAUUAAUCGUGAGAAUAAAAAGAACUGA